CGCACUACUACAACAUGGUCGCCUGCAAGCUGAUCGUCCUCGUCGCCUUCGUGGCUGUGGCCCGCGCCGGCUACUUGGGUGCCCCUGCAGUCUACGCCCCCGGCGCCCCCAUCGCUGCCCGUGCCUACGCCGCCCCUGUGGCGUACGCCGCCCCCGCCGUGAGGGCCGCCCCCGUCGCCUAUGCCGCCCCUGCCGUGGCCGCCGCUGAAUACGACCCCCACCCACAGUACAGCUACGCCUACAGCGUGUCUGACGCCGUCACCGGUGACUCAAAGAACCAGCAGGAGAGCCGUGACGGAGACGUCGUCCAGGGCAGCUACAGCCUGGUGGAGCCCGACGGUUCCGUCCGCGUCGUAGACUACACCGCCGACCCCGUGAACGGCUUCAACGCCGUGGUGCACAAGGAGGCCGGUGCACACCCCGCCCCCGUCGUCGCCAAGGUGGCCGCUCCCGUCGCCUACGCCGCCCCCGCCAUCGCCAAGGUGGCCGCCCCCCUCGCCUACGCCGCCCCCGCCUACGGCAAGGCCAUCCUUGGUUAAAACGACAAGCAUGUGGCAGUUUGAUGCUGCCUUAAACAACGAAGCUGCAGCAAAAUACGCCAUGCUGCACAUUAUGUGCAUUACAUUAAUGCACUGCAAUAAACAACUUGCUUAAACAAAAAA